AGCUUCUUCCUUUACCUCGGACUCACCGGUUGUUUCCGUUUCUUCGUCAGUUUAUUAAACUAAUUUCUUCUUUUAAUUGCCCAUUAAUGUUAUUCACAAUUAUCGUUCUCUAUGAUUUAUUAUUGUUUGAUAAGAUCAAAGAUCAAAAAGGAGUUUCUUGAAUUCUACAAGGCUCUGGAAAACACAUCGGAUCGUAUUGGAAGAACUAGGGCUUAGCAGGUUUGAGUGCAGUUUGAUUUUGCUCCAAAUUUGAGGGUUUCAUUGGAAAGGAAAAGCUGAGUGUAUGUGGAUGACUUUGAAAGCCCCAUGGAUCAGUUCAGGCAAAUCGGGGAGGUUUUGGGAAGACUUCAGGCUCUGAUGGUGUUAAAAGACGACAUCUCUGUUAACCAGAAGCAAUGUUGUCUGCUGUUUGAUGUCUACACUCUAGCUUUCGAAACUAUCUCAGAAGAGAUCCGAAAAAACUUGAGACUAGAAGAUAAGAACACCAAGUGGAAAGAUCUGGAGUACCCGUUUAAAGAACUCCAGAGAAGAUUCAAAGAAGGCGAAAAUUACAUCAAAUAUUGUCUGGACUUGAAAGAUUGGUGGGGGAAAGCUAUUAGCCUCUAUCAGAACAGGGACUGUGUUGAGUUCCACAUUCAUAACUUGCUAUGUUGCUUUCCAGUUGUUAUUGAGGCCAUCGAAACUGCUGCUGAAUUGUCAGCUGUGGAUCAAGAUGAAAUGCAAAAGAGAAGAUUGAUGAUAACAAGAAAGUACGAUAGUGAGUUGAAUGAUCCAGUGUCUUUUCACUGGCUAUUUGGAAAACAGUACUUGGUUCCUCGAGAGAUCUGCAAAAGACUCGAGGUUGCUGUCAGAGAAGAUAAGUGGUUACUUAUUGAUACAGUCAAGGGGAGGAAGAGUUCAGAUUCUGAUGUUAUGACCAAGCAUGAACACAAACUUGGAGAUUUCUUGAUUAGCCAACUAUGGGACUCGGAAACAUUAGAGGUAUUGCCAAGCUGGAUUCUGACUGGGGCUACAGAUUAUCAUGUAAAGCGAAGACUAGGUACGACAAAAAGUCGCAUAAAGGAGAUCCACUGGCUGGGGGAGAAUUUUGCUCUAAGAAACUUUCAUGGGGAGAUUGAACCACUAUAUGCAGAAAUUUCUUUUGUUCUAUCACUAUCACAUCCUAAUAUAAUGCAAUACCAUUGUGCUUUUUACGACAAGGAGAAAAAAGAGGGAAGCCUCAUUAUGGAUCUGAUGCAGAAGAAUCUUGCAGUAUAUAUAAAAGAGAACUAUGGUCAGAGAAAGAAGGUACCGUUAUCCAUCCCAUUCGCAGUUGAUAUAAUGUUUCAGAUUGCAAGAGGUAUGGAAUAUCUACAUUCUCGGAAGAUAUAUCACGGAGACUUAAACCCUUCGAAUAUUCUUCUAAAAGCUAGUAAUUCAUCCUCAGAGAAUGCUCAAGUGAAAGUUACGGGGUUUGGUGUGACCUCUAUAAAGAGUUCUAUGCAUCGGACUAAAUCUGGUAACCGGGAUGAGGCAGAUCCUGUUGUGUGGUACGCCCCUGAAGUUCUGGCUGAACAAGAACAAGGAAACAAUAGUAGCUUAAAGUAUACAGAUAAAGCUGAUGUAUACAGCUUUGCAAUGCUUUGUUUUGAACUACUGACAGGGAAGGUUCCCUUCGAAGAUAAUGAUUAUCUUCAUGGAGAAAAGGUAAUUCGAAAUAUAAGAUUAGGAAUUAGGCCACUAUUUCCACACCCUUCACCAAAAUACCUUGCAAACCUACUCAGAAAAUGCUGGCAAGCUACACCAUCAAAUCGACCGAGUUUCUCAUCAAUUUGUAGGAUUUUACGCUAUAUCAAGAAGGUGCUAGUGAUGAAUCCUGAUCAUUGUCAGCCAGAUGCACCACCUCCUCUUGUCGAUUAUUGUGACAUAGAGACAGGGUACUUGUAUAAGUUCCCUGAAAUGGAAAUUUCUUAUCUGGAUUCAGUCUCAAGAAUUCCAUUUCAAAUGUUUGCAUACAAGAUUAUUGAGAAGGAUAGAACUUCUAUCAGCUCGAAAGAGAAGGGCUGGGAUCUGGCAAACGAAGCAUUAUUACCAGGUAGAUCAGGUUCAGUCCUUGAAGAAGAUGCGGAUGAUGAUAUAUUUUUGCAAGAAAAUGAUCACAGGUCAGUUCAAUCUGAAGUUUUACAAAGAAAAAUUUCAUCAAUAUCAGAUGGUGAUCUAAGGUCAGUUUAUUCUGAAAAUCCAAGACCGAAACACCUAUCGCUUGCAGAUGUUGAUUAUAGUCCACCACACCCUCCAGCCCCAGAAACCAAAGUGCUGCCAACAAGUGAUAUUCCAGAAAGAGACUUGACAACAAAUGAUCCAGACACAACAUGUUUGAAAAAUCAAGAGAAAACAGCACAAUCCACAGUAAGACUUGAUAAAAUUUUCCCUCCUGAAAAUUCAGAAAUCAAGAAUACACAGAGGGUGGAAACUCAAAGCUCAAGUUCUGCUACAAUCCCAGACAAGAAAAUUGUGAGAAUAGUGAGGUCCACACAACGGACAAGACAUCUACCACGUUUCAAGAUUUCAGAAAAGAAAGUUCUAAUGCCCAAGAAAAUAAUAGAUCCAAAAUCUAGCACAUCGCCAAGUACCUUCAAACGUCUUUCGCCAAGAACUUCACCAAAACGAACUCUAAAUGGCAUUUCAUCUUUGUCUUCAACAGCAACAGUUUCUAAAGAAACAGCAGCUAGGACUCCUAAAGCAUAUUCCAUCUCUUCACCGGCAAGAGUUUUCAAGGAAACACCAAUAAAAAGUCCUAGAGAAUAUUCUGUAUCUUCAACUGUAAGAGGUAUACCCAAAAGCCAUUCACAAUUAAGUUUACCAUCACAAACUCUUCCAUCACCUCGGUCUUCACAAGCAAAAACCUAUAAGGAUACACCAAGGGCAUUUAAAGAAUCACCACCACCACAACCACAACCACCACGAGUGCCUAAAAACACAUCACCUACAUUUGCUUCACCAGAACGAGCUUUUAAAAAAAAAGAUCAACACCAAUGAGUCAAGUACUUGGGGUCUUAGUACUAAACAGAGUACUUGGGUUCUCCUAAUGACUAAAAAGUGUAUCAUGCCUAAAUCUAACUGGGGUUCGCGGUGGCGGAGGAACUGGAUCAGAAAAAAGAACCUUAGUCUCAGCAGCUAUGAGUCCCGGAAGAACUCAAAGAGAUCAGUAGUGAUGAAGUUAACAAGUUAUGUACAUCAUCUUGUAGGCAUUUUGUUUAACAGAACUACUUUUCUUAGAAGUCUGUAUAGUUCAACCAAAUGAAUAUGUAGGUCUACAAUUUUCAGCUGCUUCUAGAUGCAGAAAGUAACUAGAUUGUAGAUGAUUUUUGAACCAGAAAGAAAACCUGUUACUUUAUGAAUUACAGCGGCAGAGGCUAUAAUUCUUGGAUUGUUUUUUUAAAUUUUCUAUUUAAAAUAUUUGAUUUAACUGUUUAUAUUUGAUUGUAGUAAUCGAAAAUUCAACUUCUUACAUUUCUGUACUAUAAGCCAAUAUAUAGAUUAAUUGGACGAUCAAGGAUUAUUUUUAAAUUUUUUACAAAGAUCACCACAACAAUAUAUGGUCAACUUUGUAUUAUCUUUAUGUAAUUGCA